AUGCGCGCCAAGGUCAACGAGGAGCGCACUGACGCUGCGCCGCAAAUCAACCUGAAGGAGCAACUUGCUUGGGCAGAAAAUGCGCCCAAGAAUGCGUUGCAGCAAUGCCUCAAUUCCCACAUCAUUGAAGCAUAUCUUGACAAUCGGACGACUCGAAAACAAAGUCCCAUCGAUGAAGUAACAGAGAAAGAAAAUUGUCUGGCAACAAUUCAACGAGGAAGAGAUGCACUUCAGAAGUUUCAGGCUCUACGGGCGAGAUCAAAGGCUUCGACGAAGCUGAAGGUGAUUCCGACACCACGAAUUGCCCUUGGGACAAUUCCAGUGAUCAAUACUGGCCCAGCAUUCGUGUCUAUCGAGCCUUCGGAGCACUUUGCUGAUUCCUGUAGAGGUCAAGGAAGAAAUGGAGCGGGUUUUGUUUUACCACGGGCGGGAAUACCGGCUCCUGCUGCAGCAAAUGAUGUAGUGGAUUUCACGCGGACGACGACAUCUUUGCCUUUGGCACCGAUGACUAACCGCUCUUCUACAGUGCAGCAGACAUUAUAUACAGGGUUGGAUGAUGAUGCUGAUAGCUUGUUUGAUCACCUGGACGUGGACGCUCUCGUUGCUGAUCACCAACGUACACAGCAACGAAAUCAUCGAGUUGCUCGGCAGAAGGUGUCAGUGUCAGAUAAGAGCUUAUCGUCUGAUCGGUCGACACACAGUAGUGCGUCCCAAGAGGCAGAAGGUGCUGUGAUAAUAGAAGAACUGCGUCAAUUAAUCAAACAGACGCGGGAGAAUCUUCGCAAAGUCCGUGAGGAAUGCGACGACGCGUCUCUCGAGGGAGACGUGCCAGAUGUCAUGCAAAAACGCCGCUCAGAGCUGGAACAAGAGCUGGAGCAAUUAUGUAAGCGGUACAGGGAGUGCAAAGGCACAGCAAAAGCAUCUUCGCUCAGUCGGAAUGUGUCUCCCGUGCAAGCCUCGCCUCUGCAUACAGAGAUGCCACAAACGCAUAACAGUAGACUUGACGCACCAAAUAACAAUCCAACUUGCUCUUGUGGAAUGACAACUGUGGAAGCUCGAGUGCAGCACGGAUCAAACGCUAAUCGACUUUAUUAUCGCUGUAGCACGUGUGGAUUUAAUUCUUGGGUGGACGGUGAGGUUGGAAGCCGUGAAGCCUAUUCUAAUGGAGGAAAUCAGACUCGUCAGAUUGUAGUAGAACAGCCCUGCGUUUCCAGUGAUCCAGGUGUGACGUCCAAGAUGCUGCGUGCUAAGCGAGUGCUCCGCGAUGUUUUUGGCCACAACGCGUUUCGACCUAGUCAGGAACGGACAGUCAUGGAGGCGUUCAGUGGUCGUGAUGUAUUCGUACUAAUGCCUACGGGAGGCGGUAAAAGUCUUUGCUUCCAGCUACCUGCUUGUAUUGACGAUGGCGUCACAAUCGUGAUUUCUCCGCUAGUAUCGCUAAUUCACGAUCAAGUGCAACAGCUGGAGGCUCUUGAUGUGGGUGUUGCGAAUCUGAAGAGUGACCAAGACUACGAUAGUGUACAACGACCAAUUAUCUCGGAGCUCUUUUCGAAUCGCAUCACGAUUAAAAUGCUAUACGUGACCCCUGAAAAAAUCGCUUCAAGCAACCUCCUUAACAACUUGUUUGAAUCGCUUGAGAAACGCGGCCUCUUGGCUCGGUUUGUGAUUGAUGAGGCACAUUGCAUUAGUCAGUGGGGUCACGACUUCAGGAAAGACUACAUGAAUUUGGGGAUGCUACGAACGAAAUUCCCGUCGGUACCGAUUAUGGCUUUGACGGCUACAGCAAACACGCAAACUGAGGCAGAUAUCGCUAAGAAUUUGAAGCUGAAAAACCCGUUUGUCACUCGUUCGAGUUUUAAUCGACCAAACUUGACAUACGAUGUACGAAAGAAGACCCCCAAGUUUAUGACUGAGAUAGCAGAUUACGUCCGAAAGCACAUCGAUGACUCUGGAAUUAUUUAUUGUCUGUCAAAAAAGGAUUGCGAACAAACAGCCGAGAAGCUGAUCAAGGCGUUAGGAUUUGAAAACACACGAAAAGCAAGUCAGAUCUCAUUUUACCAUGCAGGCUUAGAACCGUUUGACCGUUCCUCUCGCCACCACGAGUGGAGUAAAGGCAAGAUCAAACUUAUUUGCGCUACAGUAGCCUUUGGAAUGGGGAUUAAUAAACCCGACGUGCGUUACGUUAUUCAUCACACGAUUCCCCAGUCUGUGACGCACUACUACCAGGAGGCUGGACGAGCAGGGAGAGAUGGCGAAAAGGCAAACUGUAUUCUGUACUAUUCUUUCUUAGAUUUGACUCGACGACGCAAGCUAAUCACGAAAGACCGUGAAAACAUGCAACACCGCAAUGUGCAUCUUCAGAACCUUCGACGUAUGACAGAGUUUUGCGAGAACCAAGUUGAAUGCCGACGAACAUCUUUACUGGAGUAUUUUGGUGAACACUUUUCAAGCGAGCAGUGCCAUGCAACUUGCGAUAACUGCAAAAAUAAGGCUUUGGGAAUUACGUUUGAGAAAUCGGACGUAACCGAGGACUGCGUUCUACUGGCAGAGAUGAUCAAAACCCUUCAACAAAGUGGAGAUCCCACGACGCUCGUACAAAUUGCUCAAAUAUUCCUUGGCUUGGUGGUUAAGGGAAGAGAGUGGAAGCAAGAUCAGUUUUCACAGCUCAAAGGGUUCGGUAAAGGCAAGGGACGCUACUCUCGCAGUGAAGUGGAGCGCAUUCUAUAUCACAUGAUACUUCGGCAAUACCUACGCGAAGUGGAUCAAACCAACGCGAAAGGUUUCACGACAACAUUUGUAUCGCUUGGAAUGAACGCCAACCGCCUCGAUCGUGGUGAACGAGUUCGUAUCGUAUGCAAGACAAAGUACCAGUCGCGUGCUUCUGCCAGCGACGGUGCUUUACAAGAGAGUACCAAGGUCUCUAAGAAAAAGAAGCCUACGAACGCUGCCUCCAAAAAGGCAAAGGCGACCGGUAAAACACGGAAAACAACUAAUAAGAAGACAAAGACGAGCGCAAAGGACGCUGUUGAAGAACUUAGCGAUAACUCCGCUGAUGAUGUCGUGACGGUAGUCGCGCCCACGUCGACUACGACAGGGUAUUCUCUCAUUCCAGAGAGCACGUCUUCAAGGAGAAUCCCCGAAACCCACGUCGAAACGCUCGCCCAGAUGCUCAAAGACUGGCGUGCAAGUGUGUGUGAUAGCGAGAAUGUCAUGCCAUACCACAUCCUUACGACUGCGGGUAUUGCUGCAAUUGCCAAUUCGGUUCCCGUUUCAAACGCAGAGCUUUUGAAAAUCGACGGUGUCGGCCGUAUUCGCGUGAAGAAGUAUGGUGAAGCAAUCAUCGGUAUUGUCAAGAAUCAUCUCAAAAAGCACAACCUGACACCAACUCCUGUGCCGACACCGGGCUCAAGCAACGUUCUGGACAGCCUUGACGCAUUGGAUUCUGAUGUUGAAAUUGUUGAGGCACCUCCAGCCCGCAAGUCGUCCCCAUUUUUUCAAGACCAAAACAAGGCUGCUACUUCAAUGGCGUCUACCCGACCUAGUGCGAAUGCAAGUAUUGACGAUGGUCUAGAAGAUAUCGAUUGGGAUGCAUGGGAUGCAGACGUGUUGAACCAUACAAGUUCUAGCGGCAGUCGCAAACGCUCGAUGGAUCCCUCAGGAACAACUCGGAUUGCAAAGAAGCGAACAAUCUGA